AGCAAGUCAACAACCUCAUCCACAACCCGAGCUACAGAUCUUUGCCAAUACUUUAAUUUGUAAUGCUUUUUUUGCUACGCUGUCCAAUCUUCUGACCUUUGGCCUAUCCUAGCAUAACCAUAUGCUGUUUCUUUAAAUUUAACACCAUCUUUAACUUUUUUAGUUGACCACAGAUGAUGUGUCCUCCCUUUGGAAUUUUCUCUUGUAGGAAUGUAUCUAUUCUGUAUUCUGAAAUAUUACCUUGAAUGUCUGUCACUGCAUCUCUACUGAUCUAUUCCUUAGCAUAUUUUGCCAGUGCAGUUUGCUCAACUUGCUUGCCCUCAUAAUUGACGUAUUUAGGUAAAAAACUAGUCCUGGACCCAUUCUUUUUCCCUUGAACUGUAUUUAAAAUUCAAAUGUAGUAUUAUAUUUGCUGCCACCUAGGGGUUCCUUCAGCUUGAGGUCAUUAACUAAUUCUAACUUGUUGCAUAGUACCAGACCUAGCGUAGUCUCUGAAACAUGUUGUUCUAAGGAUCUAACCUGAAAAAAAUUAUAUGAAUUCCUCAUCUAGGCCACCUUUACCCCUUUGAUUUUUCCACUAUAUAUGUAGAUUAAAAUCCUGCACGAUUAUCAUUGCUCUUUUCUGACAAGCUCCUAUUAUUUCUUUCUUUAUAUUGCAUAUUACCCUGUGGCUGCUGUUAGGGAGCCUUUAUAUCAUUCUCACAAGCAAUCUUUUUGCAUUUAUAAUUUCUCAUUUCCACCCAAAUCACUUCUACAUCCUAGUUUCCUGAACUUCAGUCAUCCCCCUACAUUAUGUAAACACCACCACUGACUUACAGACCUACCCUUCCACCUUUUCCUUGCUGCCUAUCCAUGGAGAAUGUCAUGUACCCUUCAAUAUUCAGGUCCCAGUCUAUGUUGUUCUGCAACCCUGCUGCCAUGUCUUUAUAGUGGCAAUCAUAUUUUGAUCUUUUAUUAGUUCAUCUGUUUUGUUUCAAGUGCUACGUGCAUUCGAGUAGAGCCUCUAGUUUUGUUAUUUUAUGAUUUUUGUAACCUCUAGCCUAAUCAGUAAACUGUUUUAAUAUUAGAAACAUAUGAAAGAACGCCAUGAAGAGGUGCGUGAGCGACCCUGUCCUCACCCAGGAUGUAACAAAGUGUUUAUGAUUGAUCGCUAUCUGCAGCGCCACGUGAAACUUGUUCACACAGAAGAAAGAAACUACAUUUGUGAUGAAUGUGGACAAACUUUCAAACAGAGAAAGCACCUGUCAGUUCACCAGAUGCGCCAUUCUGGAGCAAAGCCUCUACAGUGUGAAAUUUGUGGUUUCCAGUGUAGACAGAGGGCAUCCUUGAAAUACCAUAUGACUAAGCACAAGGCAGAAGCUGAACUUGAUUUUGCUUGCAACCAGUGUGGAAAGCGGUUUGAGAAGGCCCACAAUUUGAACGUUCAUAUGUCCAUGGUUCAUCCCUUGACCCAGAACACAGAUAAAAGCAAACCAGCUGAGUAUGUUGAAACAGAACCAAACCAGCUAAGCACAGAUCGAUUCAUUGAGUGGGAAGCUAGUUAACAUUAAGCUACUCAACUGUGAGCAGAGCCAAAAGAAUGGAAUAUACCAAUUUGCACCUUUUGUCUUCAGCGGCAGCAAGUUUUUCGUCUGAACAGAGAAUUUAUGAAUCAGUGCAACAUUUUGUUUGACAAGAAACCAGCAGAUGUUUGGUUACAUGGCUUUCCUUUUAAAGUGAAGCUUAAUUACACACCUUGAUUUUUGGGGGAAAAAAAAUGCCAAAUGCUUCAAUGUAUAAUGAUAUCGAGUGUGGUGUAGCUAGUGAGUACUGUUAAACAGACAAAUGUGAGAUAAUUGAAAGGGAGACUGUAAAAUUAUCACAAUACCAACAAUGGUAUAGCUUGAAAUGUUUCAUGAGUGUAUGGAGAGGUGGUUUGGCUGAUUUGCUUCUGAUGGCCCUUCAAUGAAUGCUAAUUAAGUCUGAAUAAAGGCUAUUUUCAUAGGUUA